UGUUCUCUCAAUCGAUACACGCGCAGUGUUGUUUGUCUCAUACUAUGGAAAUGUUACCGAAGCUGCUCGUUUUUCAUGAACAUUAAAAAGACAUCUAAUUCCGAGAUUUUACAAAAUCAUUUUGAGCAAAAAUAUUAAUUGAAAAAUGUGAAGUUAUAGAAAUAUAAAGAGAUUGUAAAACAAAAUAAUUAUUGCCAAAAAAGUUCGAGAGUUCUCGUACGAGUUUUCGACUUGUCGUCCUUUCAUUGAUUUCUAAAAUAUCAACGCCGCGCGCAAAAAUCCAAAAGUGUAAUGUGAUUGUCAUAUGAAAAUAAAACCGACACAAGAAUUUUUCACAAUUAAUCAUAAAUAGAAAGUGUGAUAUUUUUUUUUGCAAAAUAUGUUUUGUGAAAAUUGCCGACUCGAAUAUAGUUAUCAUUAGCUGAGGCAAUGCUAUAUUAAUCACAUAUCACGAAAUUAUAAUUGAAUUAUGCUCAGUCGAAUUCUACAGUGCAAGUAAUCUACUUUUGACUGAAUGAAAUUCCAAUUGAACAGUAAUAUUAUUCCUGCAAUAGUUUGCUGUCAAUUCUAUCCUAAGACACAUCAUCAUUCUAUAAGGUGAUACAUUUAAACAUAACAAGCUGUGUUUUACAUGCAUGAUGAUGGUGUAAACGCGGUAAACAGCUGUUGUCACAGUUUCUUCAGAGACAAGCGAUACGAUAACAUCGAUAGUGACUUCCUAUCGAAUCUACAAAAUUAUCUUUCUUUGUAUUACAAGUGUAUCUAUCAUCAACGAAAUCUAUCAUACUUUGAUUUUAAAUAAAAUUGACCAGAACAAUCAAUAACUGAUGUCUUGGAUUGAAUGUAUUAAUUGUCGUUGAACGACACGUUUAAAAAAUCAAGAAAUGGAAAUACUUGCCUGUAGAAGGAACGUGAAGAAGGUGUUACGUUUUACAAAAAUCUUUUAUUAACCAGUUUCAGCAUAAAAGUUUUUCUCAUUUUUAUCGAUUAUUGUCUAUCGAUGAGAGAAAUAAAUGAAAACAAAAUAAAAAAUAAAUACAUAAGGAGAGAAAUAUAUCGCAUUUGCCAUGGUAAAUAAAAAGAAAUAAGAAAAAAACGAGAAAAAUGUCAAAGAAGAAACAUAAAAGGUUGCGGAAACGCAAACUCUGUUAUACCUAACAAUGUCCACCUCGUUGAUGCAAGGCGUUUAUGAUCGACUUAUAUGAGUGAACAUGAAUCGAUAAAUUAACGUGCCAUCAUGUGUGUCUGAUGACACGUUCCAAGGCUUGUAACUGUAAUAAUAAAUUCCUGUAAAAAUGCACGCUUCGAUGAAAUCUUUAAUGACGUUAUAUUGACGCAAGAUGAAUAUUAUUACAUAUAUAAUAAGAUAAGAUUUUUUAAACAUUUUCAAACAUAUUCCUAUAUUUCAAUAAUAAUUUCUUAAAUUAUAAAGCUAUAAAAAUAAUAAAAUAUUCUUCUAUAUAUAUUCCAUGUUAUAUUUUUUUAAAAGAAAGAAGAUAUAACCAAUUUUACACAGAAUUAUUAAUAAAUAAUUUUAAAAAGAAUUCUAAAAACAAUGAUUUUCAACUUUAAUAAUCAAAUACUUAUUUUUAUUUAAUAAGUAAUGUAAAUAAUGUAAAUAAUAAUUAAUGUAAAUAGCAGAGAAAGAAAUUUGUGAACAAAAUUUUAAUUUUACAUAUUUUAUGUGAUACUUGUUGAUUUUUGUUGAUCAAGCUGAUAAUUAAUGAUGUUGCAGAUGGUUUGUGGCAGUGAUGCCCUCGUCGGAGGAGGAAAGUCAGUGGCUCGUUGGCAGCGGGGGUGGUCUUGCAUCUUCCGGUGGUGGCACGAUAUCCGGAACUGGAGAACGUACGUUAAACAUUAGAGGAGGAUUAUAUACUGAAGAGAUGACGACUCAACCAACGAACACGAACACUGCAAGUGUGAACACAGGUUCAGCCGAUUCUGCUGAACAUGAUCUUAUUGAUUCUACUGCAGAUGCAACACUUUUAGCACAAUUUCACGAAGAUGCCAUUAAGCAGGCUGGUGUUGGUUACUUCCAAUUAUUAGCUGCUCUAUGCACAGGUUUGAGUCUUGCAGCAGAUACUGUUGAAUUUUUUGUUGUACCAUAUAUUUUACCAAGUACUGAAGUUGAACUUUGCAUUGAGGACAAUGAAAAAGGAUGGCUCAGUAAUAUUACUUUAAUGGGCCUUGCACUAGGUGGAUUAUUUUGGGGUGGUUUGGGAGAUAGAAUUGGUAGACGAAGAUCUUUAUUAUCUGCAAUGGCUGUUCAUGCUUUAUUUAGUGGUGUUGCAACUUUUAUGCCAACUUAUGGAACUUUUAUGUGUGCUAGAUUUUGUUCUGCAAUUGGAGUAGGAGGAUCUUUACCAUUAGCAUUUACAUAUCUCGCAGAAUGUUGUCCAAGAUUAAGCAGAAGUAGAUGGGUUGGUCUAUUAGUAGCAGCAGGAGCAUUGGGAGGUGUAUAUGCAGCUCUUUUAGCAUGGGUAGUAGUUCCUACAACUGGAGAAAUGGUAGUUCUUGAAAAUAAAGAACAUUUCAGUGCUUGGCAUCGUUUUCUUUUACUUUGCUGUUUACCUGCAUUAUGUUCUACUAUUGGGCUUAUUUUUCUACCAGAAAGUCCAAGAUAUUUGGUAGAAGUUGGCAGAGAUGUGGAGGCAAUGAUGGUUUAUCAGAAAAUAUAUAAAAAAAAUAAUACGCGGAAAGGUGCAACAGGCGCACAAUAUCAACUUUCUGAAUUAGAGCUUCCAACUAAAAGGCCUCGUGGAUUAGCACCUCCAUCUCCUAGUAAUCAUACUAGUGUUUUGGCUGAUAUAAUUUAUUCCAUUGAGAUGUUCUGGAAUUCCUUUUUAGAAUUAUUUGUAUCACCUCAUUUGCGCGUUACAGUAGUGCUUAUAAUUAUUUGGUCAACUGUAUCAUUUGGAUUAUAUGGUCUUAUGGUAUGGUGUCCCGAGUAUCUUAAACUUUUGCGUGCUACAGAAUAUAAAGCUCAUAAAGUUCUAUUUCAUGAUGAAAUACAUCAAGGAAAAACAUUCAAUGGUUCUUUAGAAAAUUGUCAAUAUAAAGAUUCAACAUUUUUGAAUUGCAAAUUCAGUAAAAUGGUAUUCAGUCACGUAGAUUUCGAUAAUUGUACUUUUCAAUCCGUAGAAUUUAAUAACAUAAAGUCUAGUAAAACUCAUUUUACACACAGUAUUAUUGUGCAUUCAAAAUUUGUAGAUACGGAUUUAUCUGCACAAGUUUUUACAAAUUGCACACUUGAAAAUAAUACAGAAUUAAGUUUAAGAGGACCGUGUCCGACUCUCGAUUUGGAUUAUAAUAUUUACAUAGAAGAAGUAUUACAUGGUCAUCUUGUUGCUCAAUUAUCCUUUGUGCCUGCUGCUGCUUUAGCAGGGCUAGCACUUACUGUGUUUCAACGGCCAAAGAUGAUUGGUAUUUCAUUAUUUUUCUCCUCAAUAGCUGCUUUAUGUUUAAUUUUAGUGGGCACAAAUAGUUCUGCAGUGCUUGGUUUUGAAGGUGGUUUUAUAGCAGUUUUUGCUAUUGCUUGGACAUCUCUUACAUUGGUUACAAUUGAGAGCUUCCCAAUCCAUUUAAGGUGUACUGGUUUCGGUUUUAUAGCAGGCGUCAUAAGAAUAUGUGGUUUAAUAGGAACUACAACUUAUAAAACUUUAGUUAGCGCACCUCUUAUUGCGCCUGCAUUGCUAACCGCAUUACCAUUAUUAGUAGCUAGUGUUGCAACAUUCAAAUUGCCUCAUACACAUACAGUUUUCUUGUAAGGAUAUUAUGAGUAAGUGAAAAAAAAAACAGAGAUGUGUCAUAUAAAAGACGUUUUUAAUCUUUUAAUAUUUUAAUGAAUCAUUUAUGGAAUCCGUUAAUAAUUUCAUUUGAUAUUCUUACAUGAUAUAAAAAAUUUCGUGAGAAUGUUAUUAAAUCUAAAAGUUCAGUUUUUAGUAGGAAUAUUUGGACAAACAUUAUGUAAAACGAAAUGUUUUCGACUUCUUAAAUUUAUAAAUUUAAUAAUUAUUUUUUUUUUUUUUGAAGUGUGACUUCGUACAAAAUGGCAUAUCCUAAAUUAUUGAAUGAAACGAUAAAUCGUGAUUUACAUAAAAAUUUGAGUAUAUUAAGCGCACAGAGGUUCAAAAUUAACUAUCUUGUACGCUACGAUAUGGAUUUUCUAUAAAAUUUUAAUAUGUGUGUUUUAAGUGCUGUUAAAAGCAAUUGUUAUAGUAGAAAAAUCUUAGAAAAAAGUAUAUGGAGAUUUAAUAUUUAAAUCAUAUUAGACGAAAUUUCAUGUAAAACUUAUACUCCAAGAUUUUAUUCCAUCUAACAUAAAAGUCAUUAUUCAAUUCAUUCUUCAUAAAAAAAAAAGUAUAAUGCACAUAUAUUUAUAAAGUUAUUUUAAUAAGGCAAUAGCCAUGAAACGUGUCAAUUUUAAUGGAUGAAAAAAAAAAGUGAAAUUCCUCAUCCAUACUGAUACGUCAAAAUAUAACAAAAAAUUAAACAUUAGAAAAUUCUGCUUAUUAAAUAUGCAUUUGAAUAUUUGGAAUAGAAAAAUAGAGAAUGUUAUUUAUAGUAUGUAUUUUUUUUGUUUACAAUUAGAUUAGAUAGACUAUGCAUGAUUCCAAAAUUAUUACAUUUUAAGUAUUUCAAUUGAAAAAGUUUGCCAAGGACAGUAUCGUGAAAAUUUUUAUAUUUACAAUUGCUAUAUACGCUUUUGCUAUUUGAGAAAUUAAAAAUAUAUGUAUACAUAUACAUAUACGUAUACAUAUUCUAAGAAAAUAGAUAGGGAAUCUCGAAUCGAGUAAUAAUAAAUUCUUUCUACUGUGAAAGAAAGGUAAUCAAGCAAAGAUAUAUUCAGUAUACUUUUGCUUUUUAAUAAUUAACUAGCUUAUAUUUACUCUUAAUAUUAGAUUUGAUUAAAAAGCAUUAUCCAUGCAAUCCAUGUAAAUGCUGCCGUUCGUAAAUUCCCUCAAAAGUAAAGAGUUGGAAUCAAGAGAUGGAAGCUGUAGCUUCAUUAUAAAUUUGAGAGAUUAUUGUCUCUAGUCAACUUUUAAUCAUCUUUAAGCUUAUAAAAUGCGAAUGAACUUCAAAAAAAAAGCGCGUCAAUCUUUCUAACACUUUCAAACGAAGUAGAUAAUAUUAUUUUCCACAAAAAGAAUAUAUACUAUCAUCUUACUUAUAAAAUUUGCUAAUUGUAUUUUGCAAUUUAUACUUGGCUAGAAUUUCAUUGUUAUUGCGGAAAAGAAACCGUGAUAACAUGCCAAAGCGAAAAAAAGUACUGGUUCCUCAGAACGGAUGACUAUUUUUAGGCAAUAAGAAUAUAAAAUAAGUUUUAUGAUAUGAUUAUUGAAAUAUCUCAUUCUUAUAUAUUGAAACUUAAAAUAUUACUAAGUAUUUAAGGAAGUUUAUUAGUGAGAUAAAAAUAAACUGCUGUUGGCAAACUUAAUCAUAUAAAAAUCUACGUCCCAUCAUGGUUAGUGAAUUUUUCAUAUCAAAUUGUUGAUAUUUAAUUUAAAAAUAGAAAAAAAAUGGUAAUAUUAUAAAUCGAGUGCUAUGGCUAGUGUUAUUUAAAAAGAAGUAGAAACGAGUUAAAAUUAUUUUAUUAUUCGCACAAGUUUCCAUAUAAUAAUUCUAUUUUUUUAUUAAAAAAAAAAUAAUAACGUAAUGAUUUUAAUACUUAAAAAAAUUGCUCGUUUCUAUUUCCGCAAAUUGUAUUUAUAAAUUUGACAAUGAAACAAGUCUGUGCUAGCAUUAUAAAUUAUAAAGAUAAUCACUAUGAAUGAAAAUAUUGGUUCUUUCUUUUUUUUUUUAAAUCAAUCAAAAUCAAUAGAUUUUAAUAAUAAAUAUUAUCAUAAAAGAUCUCUAGAAAUUUUUUUUUAAAUAUUGCUGGCACACGCAGUUUCACUUAAUUAAAUCGUACUGCUAUAAUAUUAAAUUUAUCAUCGCCCGUAGAUAAUAUAUUUUAAUCGACAUAUCACUUAUGAACGAACACUUUAGAUUCAUAGGCUUUAAUUAGAAUAAGUGUAUUUAGAAAUGUACCAGGAAUCAUAAAAUAUUAAAUUUCAAAAAUUAAUAAAAUAGCAGUGUGUAUAUAUAUAUAUAUAUAUAUAUAUAUAUAUAUAUAUAUAUAUAUUCUUUAUAUAUAUAUACAUAUAUAUAUAUAUAAAGAAAACUGCUAAAUAGUUAUUAAUAAUUGAAAAUCUUUUUUAGCGAUAAUAAUUGGUCAACAAUAAUAAAUACUUUGAUUACGGAUUAGUUAUCAACAGAUCAAAUGAUGAUGAUUUACAAAGAUUAUGUAAAAUAUUCAAGUAAAAUAUUUUGAAAAUUAUUUAAAUAAUAUGUAAUUAUAAUGUUAUAUUAUAUAAGUAUAAUAUUAUAUUUUAAUAUUAUUUUUAUCUUAAAAAAUAAUUGCAAAUAAUUGUAUACAACGUUUUUCUUUUUUCGAUAUUAUAAAAAGUUAAUAUCCAAUUCUAUUAAUAAUAUAAUAAUAAUAAUAAUAUCCAAUUCAAAGAUAUAUCAAUAUUAUAAUAUAUAAUGGUUUUGUAUUUGAUAAAAUUUUUUAUAAACAUUUAUUUUAUUUCUUUGUUUUAUUUUGUUUAAAUUAAAAAUAAGGAUCAGUUGAUAAUUACCGUACUUUUUAUAUUUGAUUUUAUAAGAGAUUUUUUGACUUUUAAAUAAAUAAUAUUUAAUUAAUUAAACAGACAGAAGCACAUUUAAUGAUAAAAAAAGAAAAAGAUUUUAAUUUUUUGAAACUUAAUUCUGGUUGCAUCUUCUAUUAAUUUCCAUGAUACAUUUUUAUAUUUUAAGUAUAUGAUUCAAUUUCAGAAUAAAAUACUUGCAAUUUUUAUUUUUUCUUUUUAAAAAAAGAUAUUUAUUCUAUUAAAUUACGAAUUAUUUUGUUUACAUAUAGCAUUUUCAAUGUAUAUCUAUUUUACAUAACUCAUUAAUAUUUACAUAAUUGAUUUGUUGAUCAUGUAAAACAUUUUAAUUAUUAUUAUUAUAAAUGGAAGAUAAUAUUUAUCAAGUUAUGCAAUCAGUACUUAAAAAAGUGGAUUUAUACUAAUACUAUUUGCUAAAUACAAUAGCUCAUUAAAAGACAUUAAUUUGAAAAAGUAGUAGAAUAUUGCGCAUUAGAACAUUCAUUUGAAUACUCAUAAAAUAUUCAGUCGAUUUAAUACAGACUGCUAAUUAUAAGGUAGAUACAGAGUAAUAAAGUAAAUCUUCUUUACAUUUGAUCAGUUAUAUUAAAAAUAUUUUUUUCUAUGCUUUCUAUUACAAGAAAUAUAUAAUUCUUUCCUUUCUUAAUAUAAACAAAUUUAGUAUUUAACUUUUUAUAUACGAAAAACUUUAUUAUAUAUUUAGAUUGUUAUUUUAAAAAUUAUUUAGAUCAAAAAAAAAUAUAUGAAUAAAUUUUUUAAAUAUUUCUGAUAUUUCAAAUGUCAAUAGCUGCGGUUUUUUGAACAGAUUUUUCGAAAAACUCAAAAAACAAAAUAUAAAAGAAUAAAAACUCAAAAAUAUAAAAGAAUAAAGUGAUUCAAUGCUUCAUAAAAGAUAUGUAUAAUUGGUUAAUUUAUAUUACAGCAAUACAUAUAAAAAAAAAAAUCGUUGAAACGAUUGCAAUUAUAGCUUCUAAAUAUAAAUGUAUAUUUAUCUCGUAAUACUUUUAGAGCACUCAUUUCACAACAACUUGUAUAUAAUUUGUAAGAAAAAAUCGAUAUGCUAAUUUACAAAUUUCAUGGCAAUAUGUAGUAAAUUAUUCGUAAUAUUGACUGUCAUAAUAAUUAUGAUCGUUAUUAAUGUCAUGUAUAGCUCAGUCAUUUUAAUUGAAUUCGAUCUCUCGAACCGACACAGCUUGUAUACCGUAUAAAAAAAGACAUCAAAUUUUGAAAGAAUUUCUACGUUUUAUUUUAUAAUAUUGAUAAACGAUAUAAAAACAUUUAGAAUUAUAAAGUAAAAACACGUAAAGGAAGUAUUUGACAAAUCGAUGCGAGCAGUUGCAAUUCGAGAAUCGAAUUGGACACUACAGAUACUAUGUAUGUAUCUAUGUAUGUAUAUCUUUUAUUCCACUAUAAUUCUAUCACAAAUGACAGAAAUAUUUAAGAAUAGUCAAACAAAGAAACCUAAAUUCUGUAUUCGCUCAGCUUUUUAAGUUAGUAAAAAAUAUAUUUGAAAUAAGAAGAAUGAAUUUAUUAUCGAUAUUAUACCUUCUAUUUAUAUUUUAAAGAAUAAAUUUUUUUUUAAUAUUAUUUUUAAAAUAAUUUUAUUAUUUUAAAUCUUAAUAAUUUUUGAAAUCAAAAAUCAUUUAUGAUUAUAAUUAAUUAUAAUAAUUGUUUAAUUUUAUUAUAAUGAUAUUUAUUUUCAUUCUAUUGAACAAUUAAAUAUUCGAAUAUAAUUAUAUGUUUCAAACAAACUUACAAAAUAUAUUCUAAUAAUUAAUUAUAUCUUAAUGAUUUAUUUUUAAAUUUCUAUAAUUAUUCUUAUUCUCAUAUAGAUAGAUAAAAGAAUAUAUUAUGUGUAAAAAAGAAAGAUCUUAUUUUUUUUAAAUUUAACUUUUUUUUAAUUUACAUUCAGAAGCAGAAAUUAUAUUGAAUUAAAUUGAAUAUAAUUUUUAAGUCAUUUUAAAUGUUAAGAUUUUUUUUAUGAUACAGGAUAUGAAAGAUAAAAUUUUGUAAAAUAAUGUUUAAAUGUUUUUCUUAUAUUGCCUCUAAGUUAAAAUUACUUAUUAUUCUACUAUUUUCAUCAGUAAUAGAAGAUAAAGAAGUAUUAUUGUCGGUAUAAAGAACAUUUUCUUCCUUAUCGAUUGUAAAUUUUAAAGAAAAGUAUUUAUCGGUAAAUUUUAAGUAAUAAACAAUCUUUUCGUAUAUACGUAUAUAAAGUGGAUAUAGAAGAUUAUUAAAAUAUGUGAAAAUAUAAAUUUAACUUGAUAAAAUAUAAUUAAGUAUCUUUUUACACAUAAAUCCAUAAAGGAAAAGUCAAUCUUGCCAGUAUACGAAGUUUUUUCGAAGGAACUCUUUUUACGACAGUGCUUCGGACGGCACAAAGAAAGCGUGUCAUGCCUAAAAAUACGCAAGGCACGCAGGUAGAUGUGAAGAGGUCGUAGGGACUGGGAGGGAAUAAAAAAAAGGCAAAGGAAUUGCACAAGAGCAGCGAUUUGGUAUUCAAAUCGCUAGGCAUGUUCCCGCCUCUCUCGUGGCACAGGACCUCCUCCUCCUGUAGCAAUAAUACGAAGGAGGAAUUCGAUCAACUGUUUAAUUCACAUUGAUAUUAAAUUACUCGUUCACUUCCUAAGAGAAACGUCCUCGAGAAACUUCAAUGCGAGAACUAACAGAGGCGUGGAGACUUUAACGACCGCACGUGCAAUGUCUGACUAGCACGGUUACAUAAAGUCAGAAUCAUCGACAAAGGCUUGGUUAUUUCGUGUUUCCGAAUGUUUCACUUUCUCCUGUGGCAUCCGUAUACUUUGGAAUGAAGCUGUUCCAUAUCGCUGUAUCCAAGAAUUAAAAUAUCGAUGUUUCAUCGUAGUUACAAUGUACACGAUCGCUCAACCGGAUACUAAACGUUCACCAGGAUAAAAACUUUCUUAUUUAUUUAGAACUGGAGCAUUUCACAUCUGACAAACUUAUGCAUAUUAAUGUAUCGGAAUCUAUUGCACUCGUGGCAAAAUUAUCGCAAAAUGUUUUAGUAUUUUCGAAAUCGAAUACAAUUAAUAACGAUUUCCCACUUAGAUUAACGUCACGCCAAUAAAGAUUUGUAAAUAUAUCCUGUUCAUUGUGAAAUCUCUUCAAUAAUCCAGGGUUUUCCCGCGUGUCAUCGCACAUUACACUGAUACCAAAAGCAUCACAGACAAUAGCACGCGAAAUAGACAGAGGAACGGUCAUUUAUGUAUUGAUCGAAAGAAAUCAACCACAUAGUCGGAAAAGACAACGAAAACUCACGUGUCUUUCGAAAGAUAAAAUGUAAGGAAUCGGUUAACGAAAACAGUGAUUGGUAUACGUGGCACCGGAUUGGCCUGUGGCAUACCUUGACAACACGCACGGUAUGUGCGCACAUCGGCAACCUGUGCACCCACUAACCACUAACCGCCGAACCACGGGAGGCCAACGUGUGCGCGCGCCAGGAUAAUAUAUGUAUCUAUGUGCGUUAACCACGUGAGAGCGGCCAGCAUCUUUUCUUGGGGUCUCUUAGGUGGGGACUUAACUUAACCUAUGGACUGCUCUUUGUCUCUAUCUUUCUCUUGAACCUUGAAUCCUCGGAAAAUCGCUAGAACUUUAAUAUAUCAGUGAAUUUUUAUGCAAUCGCACGAUUUUCAUUUCUAAAAAUCAUUUCAUUUUUUUAAAUCAUUAAUUCAACUAAUUAAAUAAAAAAGAAAGUUUCCAUUCGAAUUCCUUUUUGCAAAUUUCUUCUCUUCUUUUUGCUUUUUUAACGAGUUGCAUUAUCUGGAGAAGAACAGUUUUUCAAUAGAAAUAAAAGAUAAUGUUUAUAAAUAGAUUAUCUUCAAUCUGCUAUCUUAUAAAUGAAGAUCUAUUUUUUUUUUUUCAUAACAAAAUAUAACUAACGGGAUGUCGUUAUAUUUGUUUAUUAAGUACAUUUCCUCGCGCAAUUACUGUCGUUUUUUACUUUCAUUAUUCUACUACCAUUUAAUCAACAUGGUAGUUAGUAUCAAUGUCUCGUUUGCUAAGGUAGGCGCUUACUUUUUUAUUCGCCACCCCGUAGACGGCGAGUUCUCACUCAACAUUCUCGGCAAUCUCUGAUCGACGAGUUUUUAUGAAGGUCGUACGAACUACGUGAGUCUACCCACUUAUCCAGCUGCAUCGCUAAUAUAAAUGUUUAUGCUAUUUGUGAUUGCGUGAAAUGUGUGAAAAAUGGAUCAAAAUUAUGCAUAUUAUAUACAACAUAAUACAUAUAUAAUAUGUUAAACAUGUUAAAUGUUAAAAUGUAAUAUAAAAAUAAUAACUUGAAUAAUGAUUUUACCAAAUUUAACUAUUACAUAUCUAUGUUUUCAAUUUUUGUUAUUCGAUUUUCAGAAGAAUGACUCAAAUUUAUAAAACAUUAUAAUGUUCUCCAAAGUAUAGGUAGAAGGUUGGACAAGACAUAAGUUCAAAGAAGUUGUAACUUUAUAGCAAUAAUUGUGAUCUUUUGAAAUAAUAAUAUUUGAAUGAAUUUUCAAUACAAAAAUUUCAACGUUUAUCAUUUCUUUGAUUAAAAUUUUUUAAAAUAUGAAUAUAAUAAUUUAUAAUAUAUAAUAAUUACUUGAGAUAACGAGUCAAUUGAAUUAAUGUUAAACAUAUUCAUUAAUUAGAUACACAUAUUCGUUUCAGAAAUAACCAUGUUAGUUAUAGAAACUAUUUUAUUCUUUUGACAGAAUAUCGGAUUUGUAACAAGAAAUUUUAUUUUACAAUUGACAAUAUUUCGAAUUCUCAUUUGCAACUUUGAAGAUGAAGAUGGCGGCGGACUACGGUAAUUUAUUAACUAGUCCAGCAAGUCAAACCUGUUGGUUCCCUGCUGAUGUGUUUUGCUUCUCGUGUCUGAACGCGAAGUACUGGAGUUCUUUGAUAUCUUUCUAUAGAAAACUGUUUCUUAAUUCUUAUUAUUUUAACGAUCUCUUUUUGCAGAUCCAUUUACCAUUUCAUUUGUACUAAAUUAUCUUCUUAUUCAAAAUUUUCUCUCAUAUGGGCUGACAAUAGGUUUUCUACUUCAUGAUAUACGGCGCGGUAUAUGCAUAUAAUUUCAAUUUAUUUUUACUGAAUAAUCUUUUUGUUCCAUCCACGUCAGAUCAGCAAAAUUUUUACAUUCUUGUUUUUUCAUUACCACAGAUCUAUGAUAUCAUAUUCACAUUGUCGAUCUAAAAAAUUUUAAAAAUAAUAGUUACGCCGAUAUUUCUCCAGAGAAAUAUAACUAAAAAGAAGAUUAUAGUAUCAAAGUCGGAAGAAAAUUGUAUCGCAGCGAAUAUGAUUUUUUCUAAGUUGUUUAUUAAUUCAUAUCUAAUUCAUAUUUUUUUAUAAUACAUAUCUUUUAAAAUAUUGUAAAAAAUGCACAAUAUAAUUUCAAGACGUUUAUUUGAAUUCCAUGGAUUCUUCUGUUGCGCUCUUGGCUCUUAACGGUUCGAUAUUAUGCCAGUACUGUGAUUCGUAAUGGCGAGCAGCCAGCGGGUAGGAAAUUCUCCAGCAGUGAUGUAAAAAAGUAGUGCCCGGAGGCAUUUUUUUAUCACGGCGCCACUCAUAUGAAGUCUCCCUUUCGUAAACUAUACAUAUUAAAAUAAAAUGCUUUAUCUUUUAAUUUUUCCAUUUAUAUCAAUUAAUAAUCAUUCUAUUCGCUUUUUUUUAUAAAUCCUUAAUAUUUAUAUGAUUUAUUAAUUAUUAUUAUUUAUAAACUCGAUAUCUUGGUAUAUUAAUUUAGUAAAAGUAUUUAAUCGACGUUUAUUUGAAAGUCUACUAUGUAUGCAGAUGACCCUGACAUUUACGCUGAUGCAUUUCACAUAUGCUACGCGUAUGUUGAACACUAACUGUUAUUCACAUCGACGUGCUCUGUCUGCAACACAGCUUCGAAAUGAGUUGGUCUCUUGUAUAAUAUUGCUUGUUUAAUUUCGAUGCAAACUACAAGUGCAUCGUUUUUGUACUCUUCGUCACGUUGUAUUACUCACGAUAAGAAUAUAAUCACGAUACGAAUAGAGUUAUCAAAGAGUAGUGCAAUUUAAAAAACUAUACAAUUCAAUGUUUUGUAUUUAAUAAGGAUGUUAAAGGAAUCGAACAAUUCUUUUUAUCGUUGGUGUAUUCAUGUUUGCAUAUCUCUAUCGGUGUAUUGACAUUAGCGCGACGAAAACGAGUAAGGAAGCCUGUUUAACGUACAAAUAUUGAGAAGCUACUAGAUUCCUCUUACGCUUCGUAUAACAGUCAUGACGAUAAUGUGAAAAGUCAUGAAUAUUAAUUAUAAAAUUUAUCAAAUGUCUGAAAUUUUAAUUUAAAAAAAUUCAUACCAUCAAUCUUAAAUUGGACAAAAUUACACAAAAUACAAAUGUUUGCAAUUUUGACUUAUUUUCUUUUUAAAAAAAGAAAAUAGUAUAUCAAAUUGAAUCUGUUUCAAAAUAUAUGAAUUUUACGUAAAAAUUUCAAAUAAAUUUUAAUUUGAUUCAAACGCAGAAUAGCUUUUACGGAUUAAUUGCAAUGAAAUAUGUUUUACAAGAAUUAAAUCUUCGAAAGAUAAAAUUAUACAAAUAAAAAUAAAUGUUAUAUUUAUAUGGCAUUGAUAUAAAAAAUUUACAACAAUCUACAAUUACAAAAUCUAAAAUUUUAGUUAAGAUUGACAUUUUGAGAAUUUAAUGUUUAACGGAUUGUCCUUGUCCAGCUUUUUUCUUUUUUAUCUCUAUCAUCUUUUUUCUUCUCUUCGAUAAACUUGUUUUUAAUCUAUUAAUUUGCAGUUACAUGUACACGUCAAUGCAAAUAAUUUUAUCAUUUUCAUUUUAAUAAUUGUUAUUAUUUGAUAUUUACAUAUAUUACUAUUUGUAAAAAUAUAAAUAUGAUACAUACAAAAAUAUAUUAAAAAUAUAUAAAAAGAAAAAAUCUAAAUUCAAAUUUAAUCUAUUUUUUUGAAAAAUUAUUUUAUUGUUUCUACAAUAGUUAAUCGUUUAAAUUAUUCAUAUAAAUUAAUCAACUUCAUUGUUAUCUCUAAAACUUCUUAACUGGAAUUACAAUGCAGAGACCUUGGGAUAUUGUAGAUGAAGCGUGAAGAUGUUUAAACCGCAUUGAAGGUCAUCAAUAAGGACAUCUUUUGAAUCAAUUAUGGUCACAAGAAAAAUGAAAAAUGUAUAAAAAUAUGCUUAAAGAUACAAGUUUCAAUCUUUAAUUUUUAUGAAGUAUAAUUUUUAAUGUAUUUUAUUGUUUCAUAUAUAAAACAGUAAUAAGGGAUAUUUAAUAAAGAUAUUUUUAAAAGAUUAGAAACUUGAUAUUAAUAUCAAUGAAUUUUUUUGUUAUUUCAAGUUAAUUUAUCCAAGAACUUCUAAUAAAAUUGAUCGCAUCUCUUGUGAGCUCAUAAACGUGGGCGUAAACUUUUCAAUAAAGUCAGUCUCGUUCGGAUUCUUGAACGUGUGUAUUGGGAUCAAUGACACGCCCGCAGAUUCCCUGAGGUACACUCUAAGAGCUACGUAGAGGCAUCCUGUAGAAUUCCAACCACCUUCCUCGACUUCACAGCAGGACCUACUGGUUUCUAUUUAUAUACCGCACGAGACCUUGCAGCUUACAGCUUGCGCGCUUACGGACUCGGUUCUCGAUCUGUAUAAAUUUCUAUCAUUUAUUUUUGAGUGUUUAAGUAUCAUUUAAAUAUAUUAUAUAUAUUAAACACAAAUAAAAUUAUAUUUAAAAAAUUCAAAAGUGAUUUUAGUAGAGUAUGGAAAUACGUUAUCAAAUUAAAUAUGAUUAUGUUAAGUUAAGAUGAAAAAUACAAAAUAUGAAGAGUAUAUUAAUAUUUGUAUUUGUAUUUGUAUUUUACAAUAGUAAUAUGUUUAUUUAAAAUUUGACAAUUGAUGACGCCAUCUAUUACAUAAAUUGUUUACUAUUGGGGAUAUUAAAGUGUUAUCGCAAGUGUUAUACCAAAAUAUUAACGUGCAAUUUUUUUAAAGAAAUUUUUAAAUUUGAAAAAAUAUGGGUGAUGGAAUUUCAGAAAUUUUUAAUUCUUUUCAAGACUAUUUAAAUAACGAAGAAGAAUUGCGCGAGUUGUAUCUCAAUAUUGUGCAACAUCAAGAGAAUUAUUUAAAGAUAUACGUAAAAACUAUAUAAGACUUGCAGAAGUUGUACCAAGAGACCAAUAUUAUAGAUUUCAUGAUCAGUGGCGUUUUGUUACACAAAAAUUAUGUUUCUUAGCUUCUUUAAUAAUAUAUUUAGAAAUUAAAGUUUUAGUCACCAAAGAAACUGUUGCAGAAAUAUUAGGAGGUA